UUCACACCAUAGCCCACCCCACCCCACCGCGCCGCCUUCUACCCGCCGCCGCCUCCCAGCUCCAACACGACGGCUCCCUCUUCCCAUACCCCAAGAAGCAUCAAGGUUGUUUGAAGCUCGACGACGACGGCGACGGCGGCCUGACCAGAACCAGACGCUCUGGUGGUACCGUGCGAGGUCAAGAAACGUUUUUGCUCGAGGAGCGGAAGGAGAGUGAGGCGACAGCCGGGCCGGAGUUCUACUAUGAGGAACAGCACCGUGUGCGACGCGGCGGCGGCGGCGGCCGUGGGGGUGGGACUGGGCGUGGCGCCGAGGUACAGGGGGGUGCGGAAGCGGCCGUGGGGCAGGUUCGCGGCGGAGAUCCGGGACCCGGCCAAGCGGGCGCGGGUCUGGCUCGGCACCUACGACUCCGCCGAGGCCGCCGCGCGGGCGUACGACGUCGCCGCGCGCGCCCUCCGCGGCCCGCUCGCCACCACCAACUUCCCCCAGGACCUCGUCUCCUUCCCCGCGCUCCCGUCUCGACCGGCUUCCCCCGGCCCCGCCUGCAGCGCCAGCUCCACCGUCGAGUCCUUCAGCGGGCCCCGGGCCGCAAACGCCUGUCCGGUCGUGCCGCGCGCUCCGGCGCCGCUGGCGAAGCGGCCGGGCGGCGACGCGGGGUGCCAGAGCGACUGCGCCUCCUCGGCCUCCGUCGUGGACGACGGCGGCGACGAGGCCGCCUCGGCCGCGGCCGUACGUCCUCGCGCGCCAUUCGUGUUCGACCUCAACCUCCCUCCGCCGUCGGACGAGCUGUGCACCGAGCUGCGGCUCUGGUAGGAGGAUCCACCGUAACCGGAUCGCCGGAGAAAGAGAGACGGGGAUCGAAGCUAGCGAAUUUUUUUUAAUGUUUCUUCUAUUCUUUUUCCUCCUGAUUAGAUUAGACAGAUGAUGUGUGCAAGAGUGAUUGUACCACCACUACUAUUCUUUACGCAAUAAGAAUUGCGGUUGAUUGA